GUGCUUGCCGUCACCGGUGGUGUGCAAUUGACACGUAUAACAGCUGGAGUUAAGGUUACUGUUUGUUAUGAUUUGAUUACAAUUAAGAUAUUGAAAUUUUCGAUGUAAAAAUUAUACAUCACAAUGGACAUAAAACAUCAAAUCAUACAGAAGUUUAACGAGCACUUAAAAUCAGAUCUGAAAAAUCUUGAAGGAAUCUACGAGUUCCACGAACAAUUAAAAACAGAGAAGGAUGAGAUUGAGAAAUCGUUAUCCAUGGUAUCGACUACUGCUCCUUCCAAAGUUAAACCAGUUAUUGAAAACGUGGAUCGUAUUAGCUGCGAAAUCGAGCAACUACAGGAAAGUUCCAGAACUUUAGGACAGCAAAUUGAGGAGACAUUUAACGAGAAUGACAAAAAUUUAGAGCUGCAAGGAGUUAUUGACAAGAUAGGCCAGCUGGACAAAUCUUUAUCUUAUUUAUACUUUAUAAAAUACAUAGAAAAUAUCAGCGACGAGAUGGAAGCAUUCUUGUCAUCCAGUGAUGAUGAAUCUAUGAUAACUCUAUACACAAGAUUGACAAGCAUCAGUAAUCAAUUGCAAACGUCUGCAUGUCAUCAUCUGGUCAGUUACGUUCAUGAGACUUUGCAUUUUUGGCAUAAUCUGAUCAAGGAAAAAUUAUCCAAGGAGUACAAUGAUUUACUGAAGACAUUGAAAUGGCCCUUCUGUGGGAGCAAUGCCACUUCAAUGAGCGCACCUUUACCAGAGAUAAUGACAAGAUUCAAAACACUCACCGAAUAUCUUUUCCACUUGCAACUACCAGAAGAAAUGGUGAAACCUGUAGUAACAUCUGCGUUGUUGACGGACUUCGCGCCAGUUAGUUUGCCGAUCGCUCUCUUGACACGCCCCCUCCGACAAAGGUUCAUUUAUCAUUUCACAGGAGCUAAACUGACAAACCGACAAGACAAGCCGGAAUGGUUCUUCACGCAGAUAUUAACAUGGAUUAAGGAUCAUGUUCACUGGGUGCAAAAGAACGUUCAACCCGUGGCGGAUUCUAUCGGUUUCGAGCACUUGGACGCAAAGGUCGAAUUUAUGCGUGCUCUGGUGCAACUAGCCGUUGAGAAGCUCCAUUCCGAAUUACCGAUUGUACAAUAUGACGAUACCUUGUUUGCGCACUUGGUGGACGAAGCUUUGGGAUUCGAGAGGGAACUCCGAGAAACUCUGUUGUAUCCCCAAAGUCAGCCAGCUACCGUCUUUGUUCUCACGCAGGCCCACAUUUUUGUCAAAUGGAUUAAUAUGGAGAAGAAAUAUGCAACCGAAAAGAUGGAUGCGAUAUUGAGCUCGAGCACAGCGUGGGAAAGACUGGCGGGACCCGAUAUAGACGAUAUGAAAGUUACCGAAUGCGGGGACGCAUUCCUCACGCUUCUCACCACGAUCUCUGACAGAUAUAAGCAUUUGCCUCAACCUGGACACAGAUUACAGUUCCUCGAGUUGCAAUUGGAGCUGGUGGACGACUGGAGGGUACGAUUGCUGCAACUGUUGCACGAGAGUUAUGAAGACCCGUUAACGUCGCUCAUGCCGCAUAUUCUCAACACGCUGCAUUAUGUUGCAACUGUUUUGGAAGAGUGGGGCGUGACUGUUCACUUCUUGCAGCUGCAAUUUUUCAAAAAGCAAUUCGAAGCUGUGGAGGACGCCACCGACAGGGGCAACGACGUCAGCGAGAGCAUCGGAGAGAUGGAAGGCACCGUGUUCGACGAAGCUGUGGUUCUCUUGCGGCGAUUGGAGACGCAACUGAUAAAUGAAAUCAGCGACUCGGUGGCUCUGGAUGUGAAGGCAAAGAGCAGAGCUUAUAGAACCGAUAAGUGGUUUGCGAUGCAGCCCUCGAAAGAAGUGGCUUCGCUAUCGGUAACGCCAAGCGGCUGCCCCAUGUUCCAGGAACUAGCCACGCGUCUUCACAUAUUGCACAACGCUCUCGCUCGGCCGUUGUUCGAUCAAGCUUGGAAGACUUUAGCUGCUCAAUUCGAUCAAUUUCUCUUCGAGGAAGUUGUAUUAGUGAAUUACUUCAACAGCGGCGGCGCUGAACAAUUGCAAUACGAUAUUCUAAGAAAUCUCUUCCCAUUGUUCGGUCUCUACAUCAGCAAUCCAGAAUUAUACUUUCCUUUAAUCAAGGAAGCGUGUAUACUUUUAAAUAUCUUAAUAGGUUCAGCAAUGCUGCUUCAAGAAGAGCUGAACGGCAAAGACGAAAAUGCAUCGGCGGAGAUUUUAGCGGACAUUGGCGUGCACCAAAUGUCUCCUGAGCUCGCUUUAAAAGUGAUCGCGACAAGAACAGACAUCAUACGCGUAUGAGAGCGCUCUCGAUUACGCUUUGUAAAAAUGGAAUUUAUUGUACAGCACAUACGCUUUGUGUAUAUAACGCCCGAGAUUCUCAACACAGUAAUGUUAUUCCACCAUUGUCGGCGCCCAAUAACAGCAAUCGAUUAAGAGGGAGGACGGCCAUGGCAGUAAGAACGCCUUUGAAAGCGUCGGAUCUCAACUUGGACGAGGAGAACGAAGCGGUCAUUUCCACCGCGGUGUAGACGCCAAUUCGGUUCGCUGUUGUUCCUAUUACUAACUCCUGCUCGUACGUCGCCAUGCAAUGAACGGGCUCCGUAGCGCCUCUGAAAGAUAACGAUUUACGUAGAUUUACUCGAUAAGAUUACGCAAUACUUUGUAAUAUUAUGUGAUUCGCGCGAUUGCAUCGCAAUGCUUUGCAACGUUACGCGGUAGAAUACUUAGUAUGUACUCUAAUUUUAAAUAAUAACACCAAGUUCUCUCACUUCA